ACUCGCAAAAUCAUUCCGAUGUAUGCGAGCGUUUGAAAUUGCUUGACUGUAUGACAUGAUUCAUGCACGUCGACGCCAUGAUUCGACAUUGUGGAUCACAGCUCACUGUUGGAGGAGGUGGCUUUCGAGAUGGUGAGGAUUCGUGGAUGCAAAGAUUCGUCGACGACGACAACGACGACGACGACGGUGACGAAGAAGAGAAGCAUAAGGUGAAGAAGAAGAAGAAGGAGAAGUUGCUGUUUUAUCAUUUGAAGUGGUGGUGAGGCCGGACUCUUUUUUAUUCCUGAAAUGGAGAUUCGAAUUUCCUGCAUGGCUUGUGUUGGAAGAAUGUACAAGUGUUAGGUGAGAGAGGUGAAGGGGUGAGUGCAGGAGUUGAGGGGAUGGCUGGGUACAAAUUUAUAUCGGAGGGAUUGUUUUCUGCGAUUCGCUUUAUUCCCUAAGGUGGAGUGAUAUAGCUGGUAUAUCUAUUAAGUGGUUUCAGUCUGGCUUGCGGUGUGUUGGACCUCAAACUUCUGAAUUCGUGACGGGUAAAGGCUUCCGGUUUUAGUCGCAGCAGUGUCUGUGCGAGAUUAGACUUCCCUUUCUCGGAAGAAUUAUUCAGUAUUUUAAUGAGAGAUACAUCGUUGAUCCAUGAGCAUAAAGUUAGCGGAGGCGCUCGGUUUGGGCGAGGAUCUCAGCUAAUAUGGAGGCACUACAUGUAGGGGGAGGUAGACCUCGGGCCUCUCACUUACAGUCGUCCAUCUGCUCAUCGCGUGCGGCAUCCCUUCCACUUAAAGUGGCACCAGGAGCCUCUUCAGGCAGCGAUGGCGGCCCUAACAUGUGCGCCAUAGGCAGUAAUUUGACAGCACUUUGUGAGCAUGUGCAAGUGGAGGGAUGGAAGUCGAAGGCCUUCUCAGACGUUAUACUGAAAGCAAUGGGACAAACUUUCCACCUGCACCGAUUUCUUCUCUCUCGAAGUUCGUAUUUCAGAAAAAUGUUGCAGGGUCCAUGGAAAGAGGCUGGAGCUCCUGAGAUAACGUUGCAUAUUGAUGACGACAACGUGAAUGCGGAUGCCUUGGAAACUGCUUUAGCGUACUUGUAUGGUCACUAUCCAAAGCUUGAUGACAGCAAUGCCUUUCGAGUGCUUGCAGCUGGAUCCUUCCUAGAUCUCCAGGAUUUGUGUUCACUUUGCACGGACUUCAUUAUUUCCGAGCUUUGGACGGAUAACUUUCUCGCUUAUCAGGCAUUCGCUGAAAAUCAAGAUUAUGGUUUACAUGGUGAAAGAGUGCGCAAGGCAUGCUGGGGCUAUCUUUGCCGUGGUGGAGCUGUUGAGCUUCGGGAGAUUCUUCCAAAGCUUUCUGCACAAACUUUGCAGAAACUAUUGGCAUCUGAUGAGCUCUGGGUGUUGAGCGAAGAGAAGAGAUUUGAGCUUGCAUUUUAUGUUUUGAUAGCUCGUGGUGGGGUGCUGGAGAUGCCACAGCUGUCGAGUGCUGAUUCGAAAGGAUUCCCUAUGACAGGGAUUCCUGGCCCUGAGAACUCAUUUUUGUCUGGCUCCUUGAUUCACGAGGAUCAGAAUCCUGAAAGGCUUGAUAACAAUGUCACUCCCAGGUUGGAAUCAGAUCAAGUGAUGAGUCAUGUAGCGGUCGAGGGUGCACCACUGUCAGCACUGAAUGAAGCAACAAAAAGCGAUGUUUCGUUUGAAUGUGAUGAUUCAGCCGUCACAAAUUCUUCUGCUGGAUUAUCUUCUCCUACAACUUCCUUAAGUUUGGACUCCAGGAACUCUGUCCGAGCAGUUCAAUGCUCAGGAGUAUCAACACCUACACAUGAUCAUGAUUUCGAGACCCCAAGUGGGAAACCCCUGAAGGAAGUGGAUUCGCCACAACUUUUCAAUGAGAUGCCCAAAAAUAAAGAAGCUUCCACCUGUGGGGAUAUACGUGUCGUUCCUGAUCAAUUGAGUUACUCUGGUGUUGAGUCAAGUUCUUGUGGUAGGCUUGGUUGUGAAGAGGCUUGGCAUCCCCUUUCAACUGGUGAUCACGUUGGUCAUAGUCCCUGCUUACUAACUUCAGAGACAACCUCAUCCUCAAACAGUAAAGUUGUGCAGGAUCGAUGUUCAAGUACAUGCCCAACGCCUUCAUGGGGUGGGCGAGUCGUUGAUAGGAGGGUGAGGAAAGCUUUCCGCAAUGGUAGACACUGGAGCAUUGCAGAAGAUUGGGAGGCUUUCUUAGGCGUGUUCGCAGGUGGAGGUGUUCUCUACUGUCAUAUGGCAUUCGAUCAUUUGCUGCACAUGCGAGGCCGUCUGGAGAAGCUAGGUUUCCCAUGCAAAUCAGUUAUUGAUAGCUUGUGGUUACAGACACUCCUACGGCAGCAAGUUCUCACAAUUGCUGCCGACACCUGUAGAAAUUGUUGCCUUGUUUAUGAGAAUUGUAACUGUCGUCAAUUCAACGCCAGUUAUGAGCAUGAGAGGUUACCUGGUCUACACUACAGAGACGACAGUCAGAGUUCAGGUUCUACGUCUACUAGUAUAUUUCCUGGGGCAGAGGGAAUUGGUGGCAAUUCAGAGUCUGUUGGUCGAAUCCCUUUUCGCAACACGAUGGAUGGUUUAGCGGGAAUUGGUCGAGGGACAACUUUUAGAACUCCUGGCAGUUGGCCAGCUCCUAAAUUCUUGUACGUUCCGUCCUUGGGGGCUUACGGUGCAAGAGGGAAUCCCCAACAAGGUGAAGAUGGAAAGAGUCAAAUGGAUCCAAGACUUGAAAUUUUUGGACGUGAUUUACCUGCCGCUCAUUGUACACUUGAUGGUCCUGCUGGUGGGACUGGGCUUACUCAAGGCGGAACUGCUCCCAGUGGUGUUGGAGCUUCUGGUCAAGCAGAUCUAAAUCCAAGGAAUCAUGAAGAUUCAUCAGCAAAGCCUCCAAAUACUGAUUCAACGUCGUUUAAACUGAACAUUACCAAGAAUCUUACUGAGGAUAUAGAUACAAGAGAAUCGGAGGAAGGUGAAGGUGGAUCAAUUUUGUUGGACUUGAACACACCUUUGCGAAACUUUCCUUCAUUUCGUUUUGGUGUCGAAUUUGAAGACGUGCAUCGCCUUUUGGACGGUCAGGCCAAGCACUCACCAGAGACUUUCUAUGCUGGGUCUUUGUGGAAGGUCAGUGUGCAAGCCUUCAAUGAUGAAGAUCCAAGGGGGAGGCGUACGCUUGGUUUAUUUCUGCACAGACGCAAAGCAGAAGACGUUGGUCCUCAUAGAAAGGUUUUCUUCUAUACUGAUACCCGUGAAAAAGUGACAGCACGCUACCAACUCAUAUGCCUGGCCAAGAGGGGCGUGAUAUCUCUCGGAAGCCUUACUCAAGCUGGUAUGCUGUUACCCAAGGCUCCUAAAGGAUGGGGCUGGCGGACGGCUUUUUUGUUUGAUAAGUUGCCAGAGCUUCUGCAGGGCGGAUCCCUGCGAGUGGCAGCCGUUGUACAACUCGUCUAAUCCGCACUCGGAAGGAAGGAAGCAUAUCACGAUAUAUAUAUAUAUAUAUAUAUAUAGAUAGAUAGAUAGAUAGAUAGAUAUGUAUGUAAUUUUCUGGUUUCUUGAGGUUCUGAAAAUAUGGAGAAAGAUAUUUUCAGUCCAUUGGUGAUCUCUUCAGCACUGAAGUAGAACCCGGCAGGGUUGGGCGUUAUCACAGAGACUGCCCUUGGUCAGGAUCAAAUCAUUGCAUUUUAUUGUGAAUAUUAUGUGAUCAACGCUAGCAUUUUGUAACCUGGUCAUAACAUUGAAGUGACCGAUUAAUUUUUACCUCUUGGAUGAUUUUCCUCGUGUCAUUUUCUUA